AUGUCAUCAAAGAUAGCACGCAGCUUUCUUGGUCGGAUAUCACGACAACCAUUUGCACUAUUGUAUUUCAAUUGUUUAGGGUCCAUGGAUUACGCGUUUGAGAUGAUCUGCUCAACGAUACGCUUCGGAAAAGGUGUAGCUUCCGAGAUAGGUUAUGAUGUUAAGAAUUUAGGAGCAAAGAAUACCCUUGUUGUGACCGAUAAAAAUGUCAUUAACACUGCAGCGUUCAAGAGUGUCACUGAUUCGUUUGGAUCUCUCGAUGUGAAAUAUACCGUGUUCGACGAUGUCCUUAUUGAGCCAACAGAUGAAAGUAUGAUGAAAGCUGUUGAUUUCGCUCGUAAUCUCGGUUGUGAUUCCUUUGUGGCUGUCGGUGGUGGUUCGGUUAUCGACACGACAAAGGCGGCUGCACUCUACACUUCAAAUCCUCAGGCGGAUUUUUUCGAUUUCGUGUGUCCGCCGUUUGGAAAAAACCUUGUUCCACAAAAUCCUAUCCUUCCUCUUAUAGCUGUUCCUACAACUGCUGGCACAGGAAGUGAAACAACAGGUGCAGCGAUUAUGGACCUUCCGAAAUAUGAAUGUAAAUCGGGUAUUAGGCAGCGAUGCAUCAAGCCAUUGCUUGCGAUUAUCGAUCCAGAAAACAUUAAGAGCAUGCCUCGAAAUGUAGCCAUCUACUCGGGAUUCGACGUGCUUUGUCACGCUAUUGAGAGCUAUACAGCAUUGCCUUACGACCAGCGCGUACCUCGUCCUCUUCGACCAGAAUUACGACCACUUUAUCAAGGGGCGAAUCCUAUUAGUGAUAUAUGGAGUCUGGAAGCGCUCAGAAUAAUCCGUAAAUACUUCCGACGCAGUGUUAACGACAGCUCUGAUGACGAGGCUAAGUACCAUAUGCUGCUGGCAAGCACAUUCGCCGGUAUUGGGUUUGGGAACGCUGGAGUUCAUCUUUGCCAUGGAUUGAGCUAUCCGAUUAGCAAGUUUUACUAUGAUGUUGAUUAUCCGCCAGAAAAAGCAUUGAUUCCUCAUGGUCUUUCCGUCGUCACCACUGCUGCUGCCGACUUCGACUAUCUUACUCCUGCAUUUCCGGAACGACAUGCAGAAGCGGCGCGGCAUUUGGGAGCUGAGAUACCGGUUUGCUUAUCUCUGGAUUUCUUCUUUCCUACGGUGUUGGAAGGAGAACGUGGCUAUUUAAGAGACCCGAGUAGUAAUUACAAAUAA